AUGGACCCUCCCCACGACCCUGCCUCCCUACCCUACCAGUGGACCUCCCAGGACCCCGUGGCUCUAGAGGACGCCAUCGACGCGAUCUUCAGGCUUCCUGCUACGGCACAUGCCAGCUGUCGCCACCGGCCCGUCAAGCUCGAGCUGCAUCCUACGGCCCGCCCAGAUGCCUCUUCUCGCCUCCUGCCCUCGUCGCAGAUGGCAGCAGCCCGGCAGUCCCCGAAGGCUCACGCAAGCCCGACGGCGAGGACGUGCUGGCAACCCGUUGCAAGCAUAGCAGAGCUGCAUGCGGGCUUGCCUCAAGGCUCGUCCGCGUCCUCCUCUUGGUCCUCUUCCUCAACGUCGCCGCGUCUUCUUGCCUCCUCGUCGCUAUCCUUCUCUACUCCUCCUUCCCUCGGAGCCAGAGGGUCAGGAGGCUGGACGGAGGACGAGCAUCAGCGCUUCCUCGUCGCGCUCAGAGACUACUGCCCUGACGCUGAGACGAGGGCUGCUCAGGACGGGCGCGUGCGGAAAGACGUUGGUGAUGGCGAUAUGUAUGAUAUGAAUAAUGAAGUGAUCAAGAAGGAUCAGCUUGAAGCUCGUCACUACUUCGGACCCACUGAUCAGCGAGGACCGCAAGCUACAGUCGUGGUGUCUGACCGUGCUGCCCCAGUGCUGUACCGCCAUGGCAUGCCAUGGUGCCGAGAUCCUGACUUCCGGGGCCUCACCGUGUCGCGGAGUCUGCGGAGCUCUCAGCUCCCAUGA